UACUGAGGAACAAACAGACCUGAUGGCACUUAAAGAGGAGAAUGAAGGACUGAAUGAAAUCAAAGAGGAAGAUCAAUACAAGAAUCAGCAUGAUUUCAAAACUGAAGAAAAAUCUUUUAGUUGCUCACAGACUGAAACAACCUCCUUACAGAAAAGGGCGCAAAAGAGAGGAAAUAGAAGACAUUUCACCUGCCAGCAAUGUGGAGUAAGUUUCACUCAAAAAGGAAGCCUUAAUAGGCACAUGAGAAUUCACAAUGGAGAGAAACCUUACUCGUGCCCUCAGUGUAGAAAAACAUUUGAUCAACACGGAAACCUUAAAGUCCACAUGAGAAUUCACACAGGAGAGAAACUUUUUACCUGCCAACAGUGUGGAAAGAGCUUCAACCGAAAAGGAAACCUUGAUUACCACAUGAGAAAUCACACUGGAGAGAAACCCUACAAAUGCCCUCAGUGUGGAAAGAGUUUCCUUCGAAAAGGACACUUUAAAGAGCACUUAAGAAUCCACACAGGAGAGAAGCCUUUCACCUGCCAGCAAUGUGGAAAGAGUUUCAUCCAAAAAGGACACUUUGAAGGGCACCUAAGAAAUCACACUGGAGAGAAACCCUACAAAUGCCCCGAGUGUGGAAAAAGUUUUCUUCGAAAAGGACACUUUGAAGAGCACUUAAGAAUCCACACUGGAGAGAAACCUUUCACCUGCCAGCAAUGUGGAAAGAGUUUCAGCCAAAAAGGAAAAUAUGAAGAGCACAUAAGAAAUCACACUGGAGAGAAACCCUACACAUGCCCCGAGUGUGGAAAGAGUUUCAUCCAAAAAGGACACUUUGAAGGGCAUCUAAGAAAUCACACUGGAGAGAAACCCUACAAAUGCCCCAAGUGUGGAAAGAGUUUCAGCCAAAAAGGACACUUUGAAGAGCACAUAAGAAUCCACACUGGAGAGAAACCUUUCACCUGCCAGCAAUGUGGAAAGAGUUUCAGCCAAAAAGGAAAAUACGAAGAGCACAUAAGAAAUCACACUGGAGAGAAACCCUACACAUGCCCCCAGUGUGGAAAGAGUUUCCUUCGAAAAGGACACUUUGAAGAACACUUAAGAAUCCACACUGGAGAGAAACCUUUCACCUGCCAGCAAUGUGGAAAGAGUUUCAGCCAAAAAGGAAUCCUAAACAGGCACAUGAGAGUUCACACUGGAGAGCAGCCGUUUAUGUGAGGUCACAGUGGAAUGAGUUUCAGAAAUAAAGCAGCCCUCAAGUACCACAUGAAGAUUCAUGUCAUCAGUGUGGAAGGAGUUUCACAGACAAGAAACACCUUAAGAAUCAUGUAAUAACUCACACUGGAGAGAAGCCUUCCAUGUGCCCUCACUGUAAAAAGACUUUUUAGAGCAAACCUUGCGGUUCACAUAAGUGAAAACAGCAUUAGAGUGUUGGAGUGGAUCUCUGCCAUGUAUGGGACAUUUCAGUUGUGGCAGGAGAAGGGCCAGAUUGACUAAAUAGGGCAAAUUAGAGAGUCAGAAAUUCUAAAAAGCAUUGAUGGGAGCGGAAAGUUCUCUGGUGAUCUACUGACACAGCAGCUCAUUUCCAUAAUGACCGACGCAAUCUACCAAGAGCAGCGCAAAUUACAAAUAAUGGUGCUUGGAUAUUCUGAUAAUGUCUCUCUGUCCUCCGACAGCAACUAUUGCAGCAUGUCAAGCACAAAAUAAGUUAAGACGCUUUUUUGGGACAUUAAAUUAUGGCACAAAUACCAUGCAAACCACGUUGCGUGAUUUAUUUAAAUAUUCU